AUGAAGAGUCAUGUGCGCAGACAGCUGGGCCUGACCUCUGCAGAGGCACUGACAGAGCUCCACUCCCAGCUGGCCUCCAGCCUGGAACAGUUUAGGAGGAAGAGGCGGGCAGAGAACACCUGGCAGACUGCAUGGCGGAGGAGUUUCCUGCACCACUCAGUGCGCUGGUCUAGCCUGCAUUGGCCCAGUGCCCUGCUCACUCUGCUGUGCUCCCUGGCUCUGCUUGGCUGCCACACCCUGUGUCACCCACACAGCGAUGGGACAGCCCUGGCAGGGGGCUGUACUCUCCUGCUCCUGCUGUCGGCAGGACUAGUUGCCAUGGCGCAGCUGCAGUGGCUGAAGAGAGAGGAGAUCCCCCGCAGACUGCAGGCCACCCUGCGAACCAUCCAGGAAUUCCUGCAGCACCCCCAGCCAGGAUGGACACAGGGCUGCGAGGGCCUGUUUUCUCAGCCCUCCCCGGCUGUGUCCCUGCAGUGGACCUACCGUGACGGCUGCCUCGUCAACCUGCCCGUCAGUCUGCUGGUGGAGGGUGACAUCAUAGCCCUGCGGCCAGGGGCGGAGGCACCCACGGAGCUCAGGGGCAUCCAGGAAGAAGAACAUGUGGUCCUGUCUCGCAGUGAUGUCUUCAGCCAUCUCUCCUCUCCGCCUUCCCCGUUGGACAGUGACAGGCCCCGCCCACACCAUCUGCUCCAGCCGCAGCUAUUUAGGGUGACCAAGACCCCGGCAGUGGAGACUGUGCAGCAAUGUCUGGAGCUGGGGGAACAGCGUCCUGUCACAGUGCUGGACAAUGAGCGCUUCACUGUACAGAGCCUGUUAGAGAGAGGGCUGGCCCCGCUGGUGCUGGCAGUGCUGCUGGUGUUGAACCUGGUGCGGUACCUGCUGGGAGCUCCCGGUGUGGGACCCUGGCAUGUCACACUACUGCAGCUGCCGGUGAAUGGCGUUCUGCCCCUGCUGCCGCUGGCCUUCCCCCUGCUGUGGCUGCAGGUCAGCGUGUACGGUGAGGUGCGGGUGCUGAAUCAACUGGGAGCUCAACCGCGAGACUGGAGGGAGAUGUUCACUGUGACCUGUCGCACCUGUGUGGCGGUGCUGUGUGGGAGGUCACCUGCGCUCUGUCACACGGCCAGCCUCCUGCACAGCCUGGGCUCGGUCACGGUAUUGUGCUGUGUGGACAAGCAGGGGGUUCUCUCCUGGCCCAGCCCCAACCCAGAGAAAGUCCUGUUCUUCAGCAGGCCGUUCAGACACAGAGGCAGUGUUAAAAAAAGAGCACAGGAUCCAAACAAGACCACUCAGCAGCCCCUGUCCCCGCCCCAGGGCUCCAGCGUGCUGGAGAUGCUGAGCCUGUCGCCGGGCCGGGGGACGGACACGCGGGUGCAGUUCGACGACUCCCGCUGGCACCGCCACAACAGCUCCCUGCGGCCCCUGGGCCUGGCCCUGCAGCUGGCGCUCUGCGACCCCGAGGUCGUGGCCAUGCUGUGGCGCCUGACGGACCACCUGACCCACGCGGCCCUGCUGAAGAGCCGCCCCCGCUGCCAGCCCGUGUGCCCGCCCUGGGGGCUGUAUGAGCUGGCCAGGGUCCUGGGGUUCAGGUCCUCGGCUCAGGAGCCCUACCAGCAGAGGAUGAGCGUGGCCGCGUACACCCUGCCCUCGGUGCCCUGUGCCCCGGAGGGCGCUUCCUGGCAGCCACAGCCCGUGUCCAUGAGGAGGCUGCCCUUCUCGCACAUCAUCGGCCUGCUCGUGCAGGACAACCACUCAGGGGGGCUGCAGCUCUUUUCCUACGGCUCUGCUGAUGUAGUCCUUGGAGCAUGUUCUGAAUUCUGGGAUGGCGAAGACCUCCAGCCACUCACAGAUUCUGACAGGAAAAAGGUAUUGGAUUUUUACCAGCGUUCCUGCAUGGCAGGUCAGUGCCUGGCGCUGUCAUUCAAGCCCAUCCUCCACCCCCAGGAUCCAGAGAUCGAUGGCAAGUGUGUAGAGCUGACACAUAACCCACACCUCGACACCAUAGAGUUGACAGGAGAGGGGACAGAAGAGCCCCCUACAGGCCCGGAGGACCCCCUGCUCCCUCUGAGGCAACACGUAUUCCUCGGCCUUGUGUCCUCGCAGUACCAAGCUCGGCCCGACAUGGUUCGGCUCAUCGCCGGCUUGGACAGCGCCUGCAUCCGCUUUGUCUUCUUCUCAGCAGAGGAGGAGGUCAAGAGCAAGGUGUUUGCUGAGAAGAUGGGUCUGGAGACGGGGUGGAACUGCCACAUCUCCCUGCAGUCGGACGGUUUCCCGCUGGACCCCGAGAGCCUGGCGGACUCAGAACAGGAAGAAGAGGGAGAGCAGGGUGGAGAUGCCCGACAGGGGGAGAGGACAGCCACCAGAGCCCUGGACAAUGAGGGGGCCUGUCUAAUAGAGGACCUGAACAGGGCCAAGCUCCCUAAGGGCAUUGAGAAUGUACGCCCCCACCUGGAGAACAUUGACAACGUGCCCCUACUGGUGCCACUCUUCACUGACUGUACAUCUCAGACCAUGUGUGAGAUGGUACAGGUUAUGCAGGAGUAUGGCGAGGUGGUUUGCUGUCUGGGAAGCAGCCAGAAUAUUAACAACAAUGCUGUGUUCCUGCAGAGUGACGUCAGUAUUGCUCUAGAGCCCCUUCUGCCCUCCUGCUGCUGGACCACCCCUGAAAAACCUUCCACUCUGAUGUCACAAUCCUACCCGAGCCCCCUUUCCCCAGCCCGCCUCUCCAGCGCCCUCUGUGGCCUGCCCUGUACUGUCCACCUGGGCCCACAAGACAACACUGCCAUCAUUCGGCUCAUCAAGCAGGCUCGGCACACCACAGCUGGCAUCAGGAAGUGCUUCCUGUUCCUGCUGCAGUGCCAGCUGUCCCUUGUCCUCAUCCAGAUCCUGGCCUGUGUGUGUCAACUCCCUCCUCCCCUUGGCACCAGCGAUGUGCUCUUUCUGUCCUGCUUUUACUUUCCACUAAUCAGUGUAUCCCUCAUGGGCAAACCUUCAGACAGCUCCAUCAUGAAGGUGCCAACCGGGAAAAAUCUGCGCUUCCUGCCAAAGAAGACCCAGCGGUUCUUUGUGUUCUACUUCCUGGUGAAGUUUGGCCUGACUGUCUGCACGUACCUGACAUGUUUUGGAUUCAUGCUUCAUGGGUUCUGCCUGGAGAUAAACCACGAAGACGAAUCCCUGUGUCACCCAGCAGCCCUGCUAAUGAACUCCACUGACUCCUCCCCCGACUGGUUUGGGAAGCACUCUGAUGGUCUUGCUCUGGCCCAGAAGGUCAUUACAUUCUUCAUCCUGCUGAACGCUAGUGAGUGA